UAUUCCGGUAAAUCAUACUGCUUCUUUAAAUUCUUCUCCCAUAUUCACUGAUGAUCCACCUUCGGGUUCGGUUUCUUCGUACGCUGUUUCUCCCAGUGUUGAUGACAGCCCGAAUAGUUCAUCUAUUCAAAGAAGCAAUAGUAUUCCUCGUAGAAGUUCUGUAGAUCAAGAUAUUUAUGAUGGAAAUACUGAAAAAGCCCUGAAACUUCUUCUUUACACUAUUUUGCGCAUGUCUAUUGAUUGCCCUUAUGAUGAUGUUCGUCGAACGUUUACAAAAUUCCUUAUAGAUCUAAGG